GUUGAAAUCUCAUCAAUUUAGAUAUUUAUUUAUAAUUAUGUCAGUUUGGAUGUUUCUGGUAAACAUUCAAUAACUCAGGUGUGAAACUAUAAUUUUCCUAGAUAUAUUAUAGUAGUAGUAAAUGGGAUAAGAAAAAUUAAAUGACCAAAAUAUCCUUGUGGUAUUUAUUUUUUUAACCAAGGGGGCAGAAAUUAAUAUACUCAUCAAGCGCUCCAUCAGUGUGUACAUCUAUCAAAUAUUGCACAGAUCUGGAGAGAGGAGAUAUAUGCCACAAAAUGGAAGCUAUAGCAGUGGAACUUGCCAUUGAAGCAGUGAAGUUCUUGGUGGGAAGAUUCAUUCAGCAACUGGAUGAGCAGAAACUUUUGAUCGACGAGGCGGCGGUCCGGUUGGAGGAGCUGGAGAGGGACAACAAAUUCUUGACAGAAUAUCUUGAAGACGCCAUUAAAAAGCCUAAGAGCAACAACCUUAUCGAUAGAACUCUCCUGAGAGAAGUACGCGACAGCGUUUACAAAGCUGAAGAUGCCAUCGAUUCCUUCGCCUUCAAAGUGGCGGACAGAGAGUCCAAGUGGUAUUCGGGGAUCAAAAAGUCAGCCAAACCCGUCGUCGAAAUCGCGCAGCUCAUCAAAUCCGUCGCCGAAAGCGUCAAUAAAAUUCGCCAGAAAGUCGAAGAACGUGACAAAGACACGGCCCACGCUACUGAUAAUGAAGGACUCCCAGAAUAUGAGGGAGAGCCACCAAUACAAGAGUAUGGGCCCAUUUUCGCAGAGGAGGAGAAAAGACUAAGACAACGUCUUAUUGGAGAAGCAAAACAACCUGAUGUGAUUUUCAUUACUGGUACGCACGGCAUCGGAAAGACUACACUCGCAGCUAAAAUGUUUCACGAUUCAAAGAUGAGGAAACAGGACUUCAACAAACACAUUUGGGUUAGUGUUCACAACCCAACGCCCAAAAACAUAUUGCUUGUGGUUCUAAGACGCCUAAAUAAACUCCCAGACGACGUCCCAAUUCCAAAGAUUCUUUGGGAGUUAUGCGACCAAGUUGCGAGUUGCUUAACCGGAGAGAAAUUCUUGCUUGUCAUCGAUAAUGUGCCGGAAAUGAGCAAAGAUGACUUCAAAAGGCUUCGAAGCGCCUUUGGACAGAGUGAUAAACGGAGUAAAAUCUUGAUCACCAGUAAUAACGAUGAUCUGGCUGCGUUUGUCGCAGAUGAUUCUCACAUAAAGUUAAACCCACUGGAACUUGGGGAAAGCUGGUCCCUGCUCCAGUGGCGGGUUUUCUCGGGAGGUCCCUGCCCUCCCGGGUUGGAACGUCCCGGGAAACUCAUUGCAGCCAACUGUAACGGCCUCCCACAGAAGAUAGACUUUGCAGGCGACGCUCUUGCCGAAAAGGAUCGACAUUCAAAAGAACCGGGUCGGAGGAAAAAAGAAUGGGACGAUUUUUCGGAAGGAAUCAUUCCGUUCACGCCCUCAAGUUACAAUAAAAUGCCUUAUCAUCUGAGGGCCUGCUUUCUCUAUUUGGGAAUAUUUCCUCGCAAGUCCAAGUUCUCCGUUUCGAAAUUGGCCCACAUGUGGAUUGCAGAAGGAUUUAUACCACGGAAGGAUAGUGUCACCUUGGAAGAGACCGCAGAAGAGUAUUUGAAGGAGCUAGUUAAGAGGAACUUAGUCUCAAUUGAAGAGAAAAGGCUCGAUGGUUCAGCUAAAACGUGCAGCAUUAAUGAGUUGAUAUACAAUUUCUGCAAAAAAGAAUCCGCUGCUGAUGGGGAGAACUUUCUCCAGGAAUUCAGGAAUUCUGGGCCAGAAGGAUUCUAUCCUCCAAUCGAUGAGGUGAAGAAAAAUCGCCGCAUUUGCAUUCAUGCCCAUAUUUCCAAGUUCAUCGAGAAAUUGAUCUCUUCGAGACAUCAAACUUUGAAGAUCGGUCUCCGCUCGUUUGUUUCUCACUCCGACACAGAAGUUACCUUGCACGGGAAAAACAUCUCAAUCAUCCGUGCAGCUUUCAAGCUGCUUAGGGUGUUGGAUGCUAAGCCUAUCAAGGUCAAUAAAAUUCACAGUGACUUGUGCCUGCUGGUUCAUUUGAGGUACGUCACCCUUUCGCUCAACGGGGAUGUUCUUCCAGAAGCCAUCUCCAAACUUCGAAACAUGCAGACUCUUACAGUUCAUACAACAUCUUGCACCCUUAAGAUUGAAGCAGAUAUCUUGAAGAUGGUUGAGCUAAGGCAUUUCCAGACGAAUGCAUCCGCUACUUUGCCCAAAAAAAGUAAGGCCUCUGAAGAAGAUGAACGCCUUCAAACACUCUGCGGGAUUUCACCCAAAAGUUGCUACCCAAGAAUUCUUCAGUAAACUCCCCAAUUUGAAGAAACUUGGCAUCUGUGGCCAACUAGGACUACUGCUACUUGAUGGCAAGAAUGAGUUGUUGAGCAAAUUGGUUAAGGUUGAAAAACUGAAGCUGCUAAACCAGGUAACAAGUCCAAAAGAUGAAGACGACUUGAGCAAACUAUUUGAUCAACCCCCGCGAUUCCCUCCGAACCUGAGGAGUCUAACAUUGUCUGCUACUUCUCUCGAUUGGAAGCAUAUUUCUAUCCUUGGAUCGCUGCAGGAACUCGAGGAGCUGAAGCUGAAAAAUGACGCAUUCGUGGGGGACAAGUGGGAGGUCCAUGAUGAAGGUUUCCCCAAUCUUAAAACCUUGAAAAUUGAAAGCUUACAUUUGAUACACUGGAAAUCUACAAGCGCUCACUUCCCGAAACUCAAGCGCCUUAUGCUGUCCAAAUGUGAGAAACUGAGGGAAAUUCCAGUUGAGCUGGCUGACAUCUCAACUUUCCAAGAAUUGCAUUUGCGCAAUGCCAACCAAUCAGCUAUUGAAUGUGCUAAUGAUAUUCUUGCGGACAAACUACAUAUGAAGCAAAACGACAACAACAUCAUGUUCGAGCUUUUAUUUGAUGAUUGAUCUCCGAAUGCUCAUCGACCUUAUUCUUGCUUCCAAGGUACGAAAACUUUCAAAUAAAAUUGACUUUUUUUUUUUUAUCGGAGCACCAGGAGUUUAGAGUUCUCUACUACAUUUUCACAUUACAUCAAAUAUAACAUGUAUAAACUGUGUGUAUAUUGAUGAUAGUAUCAAGAAAUGCAUAUAUAACAUGAAGUCUUCAUUAAGAUACUUGUGUGUUUGAAUUGAUCUCUAACGAUGUGAUGUGCGAUAGGCUUAGAUGAGAAUUCUGAGGCAGAGGAAGCGAGGACAGUGGAGGUCGACUUGUAGCCGAAACACACCAGCUUGGCUCGAGGGAUAUAUGCAUACUUUUAUGUUUGUCAUUGUAACCUAUCUAUUAGUAGUUGAAUAUUUGUAAGUUUGGAGUUCAUGUAGAGUUAAGGUUCUUAUUAAUCUUGGAAUAUAAUAAGAAAACUCGAUGCUUUGGAUUCUA